AAGCUGACCAGGCCUGGAAUCAGCCCAUCUUCAUGUCAGCUUUAUUCCAUCUCCUCCUUGGUCAGUCUUGUCUUUUCCAGGGACUGCCUUGCCAGCGGCACCCCAGGCAAUACUUUUCUUCCUGUGUUCUGCUUCUUCCAGUGCCUCACCAGUGCCCCAGCCAGGUCCUGUGACCUGGUACCAUGGCAGCCGUAGGGGAAUCCAGCACAGGUCCCAUCCCUUCAUUCUACCCCAGAAGUCACAUUGACUACAACAUGCCCGUAACACUGGAAAACAAACACCUUGCCCUGGUGUUGUGGAUGAAAUAGGAGCUCCAGAUUAAGAUAAUCCAUGCUUCUCAAUAAAAUUGGGCACUUUUUUGGCAAGAAAAAAGUACAUGUGGUCUGAAUGGAUGUAAACAAGACACGAGAGCCCUUUUCUCUGUGUAAAGCCACUUCCCCACAAGGUGUGUUCAGGCGAUGACAGAAGGGCUAUAAAGGAAGCCCCAAGAUGCUCCUAGCUACAUUUUGACCUAGACAUGGCCAUAAUGAGUUUGCUGCAAUACACGGGUGCUAGCUCGCUGCUCUAUUUGGCAGCAGGGCUGGUCACUCUCCUUUACUUUCUGACCAGCUUGAAGAAGACGGUUUACAAUUUGCCUCCUGGGCCACGACCUCUUCCUCUGAUCGGAAACUUGAAUGUAGUGGACCUGAAAAAGCCGUUCCAGUCGCUGACAGAGCUCUCCAAGACAUAUGGCAAUGUCUUCACUGUGCAUUUCGGACCCAGGAAAGUUGUGGUACUGGCUGGAUAUGAAACCAUCAAGGAUGCCCUUUUAAAUCAUGCUGACGAAUUUGGAGAGAGAGCAGAAAUACCCAUAUUUAGGCAAAUGACACAAGGAAAUGGCAUAGCAUUCAGCCAUGGAGAGCUGUGGAAAGCUAUGAGAAGAUUCACCUUGUCCACACUGCGAGAUUUUGGAAUGGGAAGGAGAACAAUUGAGGUCCGAAUCCUUGAGGAACUAAAUUCUCUUAUUAAAUAUUUUGAAUCAUAUCAAGGGAAACCAUUUGACACGAAGAUGAUACUCAACAAUGCUGUAUCCAACGUCAUCUGCUCCAUAUUGUUUGGAGAGAGGUUUGAGUAUGAUGAUCCUGCAUUUUUAACUUUGCUGAAGCUGUUAAAUGAGAACACCAAGCUGUUGGGCUCCCCAGUGGUGCUGUUAUAUAAUUUCUACCCAUCCCUUGGAUUUCUCUUUGGAGCUUCCAAGACUGUGCUACAAAAUAUCAAUGAGCUGAACGCUUUUCUCCAGAAGCUCUUCCAAGAGCACAAAGAAGAGUUUAAUGAAAAUAACUUAACAGGUUUUGUCGAUGCCUUUCUGAUGAAGCAACAACAGGAGUCAAAGAAACCCCACACUAUGUUCCACAAUGAAAGCUUGUUGUUUUCAACCCUGGACCUGUUUGCUGCUGGGACUGAGACCACUUCUACAACCGUGCGCUGGGGUAUUCUUCUGAUGAUGAAAUACCCAGAAAUUCAGAGAAAGAUUCAGGAAGAAAUGAACCACGUCAUUGAACCUGGAGAGAUGCCUAAGUUGGAGGACAGGAAAAAAAUGCCUUACACGGAUGCAGUGAUACAUGAAAUACAAAGAUUUGCCAAUAUUGUCCCAAUGGGUGUUUCACGAGCAACGCCUACCGAUGUGAAUUUCCGAGGUUAUGUGAUUCCUAAGGGUACAGAGGUUAUUCCGCUGCUGACCUCCGCUCUGAACGAUGAGCUGCAUUGGAAAACACCAGAUCAGUUCAACCCUUCCCACUUCCUGGAUGCUGAUGGGAACUUCAUUAGGAGAGAGGCAUUUAUUCCAUUCUCCAUAGGACGAAGGGCUUGUGUUGGAGAAGGACUGGCCAAAAUGGAACUGUUCCUCUUCUUCGCUGGCUUGCUCCGCAAAUUUGUCUUCCAAGCCCCUCCAGGAGUGGACAAGUCAGAUCUAGAUCUCACUGCUGAUGUCGGCUUCAUCCUGAACCCCAUGCCUCACCUGGUUUGUGCUGUGCCCUGUGAAUGAAUGAUCAAACGACAGGGAGUUAGUGUAGUGAACACUUUGAGCUUGAAAGCAAGUCUAGUUACAAGGGAAAAAAGCUGUCUGUACCUGAGUUUUAGGGAAAGGGCACUGGGCACUGCUAUUGUCUCUCCUUCAUAUGAUUCCUUCCAAAAGCUUUUGUGGUGUCUGCAUAAUGCAAACCCUUCAGACACCCCUGAGUACUGCUCUCAGAAACAGCAUGAUCUGUUCCUGGAACAGCACAUCAGACAUGCAGUUUUCAGGGCUGUUUGAAAGAAUGAAAUGGUUUUGAGCAUCCUCUGUAGAUGUAACCCAUCAGAGGCUCUUGGCUGAGAGCCUCCACGGGGAAUUUCUCAGCCCGAAGUCCACACUAUACAGCAGAGCUGAUUAUCAAUGGCCCAGCUGGAGACAACAGACACUUAAUGGAUCUGGAAAUCUCCCUGGGAUGGUUGUUGAGAUUGGACUGAGACUGAGCUUCCAUUGUGCAAUGCAGCCCGCCUUAUCUUUAUCACAGCGUCCCAGACACUUGGGUGUAACAUGGGCUGAUGCCAAGGGCCAGGCAUGGGACGGUUAUCAGGAAACA